CAACCUCUUGCUUCAGCUGAUCGGAUGCCGUGAACUACCUCUGGUGCAGCUCACAGCUAAUGACAUCUGGGAUAAAGGGCUUGCUGGUCCUGACAAUGGCUGGAAAGGAGAGAUGACGCGACUAGGACCGCGGACCGCCCCCUUUCAGACGCCUCACUUUUCUCUGUCCAGCGUGAACCUCGCGUUGGCUAUGGGCAUAUUUAUAGAUAUAUAUAUCGUCCCUGAGGCUGGACGACGAAAUCCAAUGUCUUCCGCUGCUCUUUUCUUCGACUGAUACUCUGCCUCUUGCCCGUUCUCUCUUCGUAAAAAUCUCGUCAAGAAGGUCCUGGACGUGAGGAUGAAUAUGGGAUGGGCAGGAUGGAUUGGACGUUGGAUGAACCUCUCGAUCUCGCCCCCUCCGACCAGUGGGACGCGAACCCACGUUCUCCCUCUCCCGAUGCUCUCGAACGCGAAAUAACCUUUCCUGGCCUUGGCGUCUGCAUCCCCUCCGGCUCUCGUCCCUCGACGCCAGAGCUAAGCGCUGCCGGUUCCGAUUCAGAUCCAGUCUCGUCCUCGCCUGCAUCUGUGUUCACCCCGCUAUCCCCAUUCAUGCCAUUUUCGUCUGCGUUCUCCGCCACGUCCGUGUCGAUGGAAAGCAGGAUGGACGAGCCUGCGUAUCCGCUCCUCGACUGUACUUCGCUCUCUCGAGUCGACCAUCGUCUGGCUCUAGACACGGACGGGGAAGGCGCCACAUCGAUGUAUGCACAGGAUAUCUCUGUCUCGUAUCCGUUCGAAGGGAACUGUCAACAAAGCCAGGCACAAGCGCACACCCUAACGCUCGAAACAAAUACAAACCCUUCUCCCGACAUUCAUCGUACUCAUCCCUCGAUUCUCAGCUUGCCACCCGCCUCCUUUUCCCUCCCUGCCUCCACUAGACCCACACCCGCUGCGAAGUCUAAAAAGAGCACGACCAAGAAGGCAGGGUCGGGUGCGACGAGUAAUCGUGUUCACGACUUGGGUAGGAGGAUCAAAGAGAGGAGAGGAGUCGUGGAUGUGGGUGGUGCUGGUGGGGGCGGGGCUUGUGCUGAUGCUGGGACUGGUGCCGGUUCUGUUAGUGUUGUUAGCAGGGCUGGUGGUCGCAACUAUGCCGGUGCUAGCAAAUGGAAUGGAGGUCUAUCAGGGUUAGGAAGGAAAACGAAGAGAGGCGCUCGGGGGAAGUUCGUCUCGAACACUACGAAGACAAAGGAGAGACUCGUUACGGGAUUGGGGUCGGGAUUGAGGUCAGGUUCGGGUUUUAGUUCGGGUAGAGCUUUGGAAGUGGGACGGGGAUGUGACGAGCGUGUAUCAGAGGAUGCUUCGCAGCUCGUUGACCAUGAUCCAAUCGCGAUGGCCGACGCACUAUCGCAGGCAUCGUAUCCAUCCAUCGAGCAGCACGAACGUGCGGAGGAUUUGGCUGCAGAUGUAGGUGCCGGCAGUGGUGUGGCGAGUACCAGUGGGAGGAAGUCGAGGGAGAAGGCGUUUAAAUGUCCGUUAGUUGACAAGCUCGUUCAUUUGAAGCUUUGCCCUUCGAGCUUCGAGCUUCGAGAUCCGCGCUUCGAGACAGAAUAUAUGCCUCACAAAGAGGACAUGCAUAGCGAUCUGUUCGUGGCGCGAUGUGUAUAUCCGUAUCUCUCAGUCGAUAUAUCCGACGGGCGUGAGGUGACGCUCUGUGACUUCAUCUCUGGUCGCAGUCGCGAGUCUGUCGAUGCGUAUAUGCGCUCGAUUCGAUGUAAGAUGUACCCGGCUGAGGAACGGACGGGGACGAUCAAUCGAUCCUUUCCAAUUCCAUGGUGGGUGAUGGAGCUAGAGCGGUGUGGUGACACACGAUCGUUCCGUGGUCAUGUCGAGUGCGUCGAGGUAGAAAGAGCGAGACACACUAUGUUGCGUGAAGUCCUACCUGAACCCAAACGGUCUCAAAUAUCACCUCGAAAAAGGAACGUGUACCGUCCCCGACCUCGGGCGUCAUUCCCUGCACCGGGUACUUCCUCGACGAUCGCCCCGAAUUCUUUCUCUACGAUUGCCAUGGACUGGAACGGUAUCCCCGCCGCCCCUGUCGCCACCCACAUUGCUCAAUGUCCUAGCACAUAG